CGUAUGCACUCCGAAGUAAAUUUAGCGAUCGUUCAUUUAGUCCUUGGUCACUUAAACUCGAGGUAGCAUUACUUUAAAGUGAGUGCCAAUAUGGUGCAAAUUGCCGGAACUUAUAAGCUAGAGAAAAAUGAAAAUUUGGCCGAAUAUCUAACUGCAUUAGGUAUUUCCGAAGAGAAAAUUAAAUUAGCGUCGACACCGGGUAGUACGGUCGAAAUUACGGUGGAAGGAAAUAAAUAUACGUUUAAUAGUAGCGUGAUGUUCACAACACUCAUUCUUAAUGAGGAGGUAGACGAAAAAGUUCCAUCGGGAAUUACUGUUAAAAGUAAGGCAACAUUGGAUGGUAACAAAUUAUGUAUUGAAUCAUACUUCCCCGACGGACGAAACGGCACCCGUAUAUUCGAAUUUAACGAGGAAGGUUUUAUCGUGACAAUGACCACGAGCUCGUUAGAGGCUAAGCGAUAUUUUGUGAGAGUUUAACUUAACCUACUUGUAACUAAUGCCAGCCAUUCGUUCUGUACCUACACAUUGUUCUGGUAUUUUUUCACUUUUUGCUGCACGACAUACAUACCUAAAAAAUAAAUGAGUUUCAAGAAUA